AUAUCAUUCCAGCCAAGCCCUCUGAGCGAGAGCUUUGCAAGAACGCUGUGAAAAAAGGAAGGGAAGUCUGUGGAAAGCAUGUCGAAAAUCAGCGAAGACCAAAUGUCUGAAUUCCGAGAUGCGUAUUGCCUUUUCGAUCGUAUUGGCGAUGGCAAGAUAGACGGCGAACAAAUCGAAGAUAUGCUGCGUUCUAUGGGGCUGAACCCUCUAGGCUCGGAUCUCAAACAAGUCCGAGAAGACUUCAAAGACGAGAGAGUCGAAUUCGAGGAAUGGCUUGGAAUCUAUACACAAUUCUGCACUAAGCCAGAGCCAGUGAGAGAGGAUUUCAUCGAAGCAUUCAAGUGUUAUGACCGAGAUGGUUCAGGAACGAUCGAUGGAGCUUCGCUGCGAGGACUGCUGUGUCUUCGGGGAGACAGUAAGCUGACGGAAGAUGAAGCUAACAAGUUGCUUGCCCCGUUAGAAGAUACUCAGAAGGGUGUAAUAAACUACGAGGAGAUCAUCAAACUGGUAAUGUCAAGGCCAGAAAAGGCUGAGUGAUAACAGACUUUAUUGCCGCACCUCUCAGAUGCGAACAUUUAUCUGAACAGAACUGCCUGAUGAUUUCACUGAUCUUUUUGAUUUAAUUACCCACAAACUUCUAAUCAAGUGGUAUUGCCUAGAUGAAAUAUUGUAAUUUUAAUUCGUCUUCUUUGACAGAAAAUUAGAAGUCUCUUGCAACUCUGGUACAGAUAUAGUUUUAUGCAUUUUUACUCCUUUGUUUAUUAAUUAUGAGUUCAAUUUUGAUGGAGUACAUGGAGGUAGCUAAUGGUCUUUAGGGACAGCGCUUUACGCUGAUGGUUUCUUCGACCUAGAAAAAAGAAAGAGCUGGAAUAAAACUUUCUUUGAGAAACUGC